CGUCCUCGGACAUUGAAGAAACAAAAUGGCGGAAAAAUAUCGUUGGAUUGAAAAGUUGUCAAAACAUCCACUUUUUCAAACAGUUCUCGAGUGCUACCAUAAAGACAACUCCACUACGGAAGCAAGGAAUGUCUUAGCUGAGAGAGAAGGGGAGUUAUUUGUGUGGGUGCCGGAAAAAUCUCGUAUUUUCACGACCAAUCUGAAAAACGUGUUGUUUGAAAAUGAGCGAGCUGAUAAAUAUCAAGAAUUUCUCUUCACCAAGCAUCCAUUAUUCAAAGUCCAUACACUAAGGUUCAGUCUAACUGGCAGGUAUCUUGCUCUGGUUGGUCACAAGGGGAUUAGUGUUAUUGAGAUGCCACAACGCUGGGGCAGGUUUGCCGAGUAUCAAGGCGGAGCAGACAUUGUCAACUGUAGGACUAUAACAGUCGAUGAGAGGUUUUUCACUGUUCAUGCCAAGACUGUUGCCCUUGAGGCAAGAUGGCACCCAUCCAGUCACACGGACAGUCACCUAGUUGUACUCACUUCUGAUAACAUGCUGAGGAUAUACAACAUCCUUCAACCUGAAGUUCCAGAACAAGUCAUCAACCUUAGUGACCCAUUCUCAUCUGAAGUUAACCAGAGCAGAAGCACAAUGACAUCAGCAUCAGCAUUUGCAAUAGCCCUGGGAGAGACGUCUGUAUCAUUUGACUUUGCUCCUCCAAUAAGGAAAUGUAAACCUCGAUUCAAGAAUGAAAGUAGCUCUGCAGUUGAAGCAGAGCCAGUUUAUCCCCUGUUUAUACUGAGAGAGAAUGCAGAUGUGUACUAUUUGGUGUUUGAGCUGGGUAACAAGGGGUUUGGAUUAGAAUCAGUUGGUCCGCUCACCAUGCACCCUGCCACAGACAACAACUAUGGUCUAGAUGCUUGUUCAAUAAUCUGUCUGCAGUCCCAACCCCCUGUGGUUGUCAUGGCAACUGCUAAUGGCAGGAUAUAUCAUUGUAUUGUUCUUGAGAGUAACGAUGAAAGUGAUUCAGCUCAAGGAGACAAGAAUGAAUCCUGGAGUGAUCAGCAGUUGACAGUAUCAGAUCUUACCUUGUAUGUUCAUGAGUGUGUGGAGUUACAGAGAUCUAUUGCAGGCAGGGAUGUUGACGAGUCAUCUCAAGCCAGUCAUGAUUCUGUGGAAUCUCUCAAUUCAUGUCCUGUUCAGCUCUAUCGAGAUUCUGCCUCAUCAAAUCAAUACCAUUGCUGCCAUCCAUCGGGAGUACACAGUAUAGUGUUACCCUGGGUUAGAAAAUUGGAAUCUUUCUGUAUCGAAGAUGGUGUUGAAGGAGCUACAAUGUUUGACACAGAUGAAGAAGCAAUAGUUUAUCACAUGGUUUGCACAACACCCUCCACUGAAAGUGCUCCAUCACCCGUACAUGGACUGUGUGUAAUCAACAACCUUAUUCUAGGAUCAUCUCUUGUUUGUCUGACAGACAGGAUGGAGUGUAUAGCAAGACCUCUAGACUUACUUCAAAGACCAUUAGCUCCGCCAUCAAACACAGAGGAGGAGGAGGAGGAUGAAAAGAAUUAUAAAGGAAUCAAGUCUCCAAUGCGUCAUCUAUUAUCAGGAUCAUUUGUUGAACACAUCAGAAAGAUUCUAACGCGAAACACUUCAACACCACUGAUCAGGGCACAAUCCACCAGUGAUCUUUCCCAAGAAGACCGUCUUAAGAUUUUUACAGAAGCACAGCAGAUCUUGAGGGAGGAAUAUUUACAAAGACAGAACCGUGCUAAAGUAGAAAUAGAAAAAAGAGUUUCCAUUUUGAGAGAUCAAAAAAAGAAACAAGAGCAGGAUCUUGAUAACCUUCGAAGAAAUCGAGAUGCCGUUAGGAAUAAAGCAGAAGAGUUAGCCGACAAGAUAGAAGAUGUGAUAUCACAGGAUAUUGAGUUGUCGGACAAACUGGAGAAUGUUUGUCAGCACAUUGAGACACAAAUCCCUGUGAUCUCAAAGGCAGAGGGGAAAAUGAGAGAAGAACUUGAAACAAUCCAACUUCGUGUAAACUUCUUACAAGAUUCACUCGAUCAGAUUCGAGCCAAACAUCAACACAAGACAAGACGUAAAAGUUCUGGCUCUUCUUCUGGGUCACCAGUAAUCAGCGUCAAGCAACAAAAAAACAUUCGAAGUGUUCUCAAAAACGAGACAGACACCAUAUCAGACCUCAUUAAUCAAGUCAAAGACCUCAAACUACAAGUUGGUUUAUGAUGAAUACGAUAGUACUUUAAAGAGUAUGAAAUUAUGCAAUCCAUGUCCAAAAUACAGGUGUAGGCUACGAUUGUAUAUUUAAUGACUGUACUAAACAAAAGCACAGUGUUGAUAUUAGUGCUUCGAUAGCUAUGCCCUCCGUGAAGACUAUGCCAAGUAUGGCAAUAAAAAGACAGUUUUUGUUUAUAUCACUGUGACCAUGGAGCUAGAGGGAGGGUAAGAUGGGGCUACUAACCUACUGAGAGAUGUUUGCUAACUCAAUAAUGGUGGUCACAGCGAAUGAGGUUGGCCAUAAUGUCAUAGUAAGACCAAUAAAUUCAAUUCAUCAUA